AUGGGGAUGCUGGCCAGAUCCACUCUAUUACUACUGUUAUGGCAAGGACUGUCUGCCAUUGACGUCCCACUGGAAAUCAGACAGCCCCCCACCAUUAUAAAACAGUCGUUGAAGGAUCAUGUCGUGGACCCCAGAGACAACAUGGUCGUUGAGUGUGAAGCCAAAGGCACCCCUCACCCAAUUUUCUCAUGGAGGCGUAAUGGGAAGUAUUUCAAUGUGGCACGGGACCCUCAGGCCUCGAUGAGGAGACGUUCGGGGACGCUGGACAUCUAUGCCUGGGCUGACCCGGAGGCUUAUGAGGGGGAGUACCAGUGUGUUGCCACCAAUGAGCAUGGCACUGCAUACUCAAACAAGAUCAACCUACGCAUCUCUAGGGCCCCUCUGUGGCCCAGAGAGGUGUUGGAACCGGUAACGGUGAGUGUUGGUCUUCCUCUGGUCUUGGACUGCAGCCCUCCUCCAGGCCCUCCCAAACCUGAGACCUAUUGGAUGAGCAAGUUCAUGCUGCCUAUCAAACAAGACCGUAGAGUGUCUAUGGGGGUGAAUGGAGAUCUCUACUUCUCUAAUGUCUACGUCAAUGACUCUGCCACCGACUACUGCUGCAACGCACGCUUCCCCUACAAAAACAUUAUCCAACAGAAGAUGCCUAUUACCGUAAGAGUCCUUACAACCCGCAUGGUGUCUGAGGCCGCUCCCACCUUCCUGUCUCCAGCCGGGAGGUCCAGCUCCCAGACUGUUCUGCAGGGGGAGGAGCUGCUCCUCGAGUGCAUCGCUGCUGGAGUUCCAACCCCUGUCAUCACAUGGACCAAAGAUGGAGAGGAACUGGACACGACCAACAUGAAGGUGAAGAACUACAACAAGUUACUGCAGAUCCCUAAGGCCUCUUUUGAGAACUCUGGUGAAUACACGUGCACUGCCACAAACAAGAUUGGAUACCUGGAACACACCAUCACUGUCCGGAUCAAAGCGGCUCCGUUCUGGUUGGAAAAGCCCAGUAACCUGGUGCUUGCCCCAGAGGAGAAUGCACGCUUAGUGUGCCGCUCUGACGGCAUCCCCCGGCCCAGUAUCCGUUGGUUCAUCAACGGAGAUACAAUAGAGGAUGCUACUCCAGUCCCAAACAGGGAGGUGUCAGGAGACACAAUUACCUUCCGCUCUGUGACUGUGGCGAACACUGGUGUUUACCAGUGCAAUGCCUCUAACCAGUAUGGCUACCUGUUUGCCAAUGCCUACAUCAACGUACUGCAUGCAACGCCACGUAUCCUUAGGCCUAGGACUGAUCUGGUGAAGGUCAUUGAGGGCAGACGCGCCUGGCUAGACUGCCGCUAUUUUGGCUCGCCCGUGCCUGAUCUGCGCUGGUCUAAGUAUGGACUGGGCAACCUGGAGGGGAAUCACUUUAAAGUACACAGCAACGGGACACUACAGAUCAGAGGCACCCGUAUGGAUGACCAGGGGACAUAUGUGUGUAUUGUCAGCAACAAGGAAGGACGAGAUGAAAACCAGGUCAAACUAGAGGUCAAAGAGUCCACCAAAAUUCUCAAACGCCCAGAUAAUAUGAGAGUCCUCCGGGGGACUGAUGUCCGGUUGGAGUGUAAGGCCCAACAUGACCCCACGGUCGCCAUCACCACCACCUGGCUGAAGAACAAACAGUUCCUCAUCAUAGGCUGGAGGCUGUCGCUGGAUGAAUCAACUCUGGUCAUCACAAACGUCAACAGAGGAGACGAGGGCAAUUACACCUGCAUCAUCAAGACUGAGAUGGACAAGAACACUGCCUCCGCCCGCCUGGUGGUGAUGGAUCGUCCAGACCCCCCUACAAACUUGCAGUUGUCGGACCCCUUUGAGCGCAGCGUCAGGCUUACCUGGACCCCUGGAGAUAGCAAUCACAGUCCUAUCAAAGAAUACCUGGUGCAGUAUGAUGAUGACGACUGGUUACCUUUCAAGUGGAGAAACCUUUCCACGUACCCUGGAAACUUGAACUCUGUCAUUCUGCAACUGUCACCAUUCAUUAUCUAUGAAUUUAGGGUCAUUGCUAUCAAUGACAUUGGUAUGAGUAAACCCAGUCGCUCGUCAGCCAACUUCCAGACUGGUGGAGCACCUCCAGACGCCAUCCCUAAAAACAUCCAAGGAGUGGGAACAUGGAGAAACAACAUGAUGAUCAGCUGGGAGGCACUAAACAACAGAGAGUGGAACGGUCCCCACCUAAAGUACUUGGUGUGGUGGAAACGGAGGGAUUCCAGGGAGGAGUGGAAGAACGCUACCACUUGGUGGUGUAAAUACUACAUCUAUGACACAGACACCUUCACACCAUAUGAGAUAAAGGUCCAGGCUGUCAAUGACUUUGGGAUGGGCCCAGAGUCCACUGUCAUCAUAGGCUACUCUGGAGAAGACCGUCCCACUGCUGCCCCCCUCAACCUGCGUGUGUCCAGGAUAGAGGCCACUAAGGUCACCGUGCACUGGGACCCCGUGGCUCGCAGCAGCAUCAUGGGAGAACUGAAGGAAUACAAGGUGUACUUCUGGCGAGACAGUAGCCAGCUGAGGUGGCUGAGUGUGAGCAGGGCCAUGAAGUCUAAAGCCUUUCCAGCCAGCGGGCCGCGUCUCUCUGGUGUCCUGCCGGGACUCAUCCCUUACAGCAACUACAAGAUGUACAUAGUGGUGGCCAACAACCGAUACGAGGGACAUCCCAGUAACACCAUAGAGUUCUCCACUCCAGAGGGAACACCCUCUGCUCCAAGAUCCUUCAGAAUCCAGCAGAGACAUUUGGACAUGAUCUGGGUGGACUGGGACACUCCUGCAGAGCCCAAUGGCAUCGUCACCGGAUACAUACUCAAAUAUCAGACAGUGAACGCAACUCAGGGGGAGGAAUUGCACGUUGAGCAAUUUCCCCCAAACACCACCAGUUUUGCUGUUCGCCGAUAUGAUCGCUACACCCGCUAUAGAUUCACCAUAGCAGCACAGACUAGAAUCGGGGUAGGAGAAUGGUACACAGAGGAAUCACCCCAUUAUACAACUGAAGCUUAUGCUCGGGAGCAGGUGGACCUCUCCACUCAGGGCUGGGUAAUUGGUGUGAUGUGUGCUGUGGCUCUCUUCGUGCUCAUCCUGCUGGUCGUCUGCUUUAUCAAAAGGAGCCGAGGGGGCAAAUACCCAGUACGGGACAAGAAAGAAGUGACAUUGGAGCCAGUGGAUGACAAAGAUCAGGAGGGAUCAUUUGACUAUCGGUCUCUGGAAAGGAUAAGUCGUGUCACCACCAUUCCCUACUCUGCCCGACGGGAGGAAGAGACUAAAGUUGGCAGGGGCCAGACGACAGUAGACACCAUGAUGAAACGGACAGAUAGUGACGACAGUCUGGUGGACUAUGGUGAUGGACAGGAGAUUGAGUUCAACGAGGACGGCUCCUUCAUUGGCCAGUACACUGGACACAAGGAGAGGGAUGACAGAGACACAGAGUUCAGUGAGAGCAGGAGCCAGGAAGCCCACUCCCCGAUGGCCCACUCCCCCAUGAGCCCCAUCUAUUCAUUUGCAUAAGGAAACAAGACGUACAAUGGGUGUUACACUCAGACUGGGUCCGGAAUGAACAUUGCCCACUAGCGCCUCUAUAAACAGUUGUAUACGUGAAUCAGACUGGGUCUGGAAUGCCCACUGCCCACUAACUGGGGGACACAGGUGUUUCCAAGCAAAUCCACCAUCUUCUUCAAUCCAGGCACACAAGAUGAUGUGGUUGGAGCCUGGUAGUGUUCCUCUAUUUUCAUGCUCUGCAUUGACACUGGGUUGGUGCUGUAAAUGCAAUACAGCAGCAAUUUAACAAAAAUAUGAAGGUUACAGUUACAUUUAUGAAGUUGUAAAAAGUACAUGCUUAUCAGGUGUAUUUUGUAGGUGUGGAAGUGCAUGCGUACAUGUUGAUGUGCGUGUGUAAUAUUCCUACUAAUGGAGAGAUAUUGACUGCACAUUAGGCAGAGGGAUACAUUGAUAAGUUUAUCAUGUUGAUAAAAGCAGUGACACCUGGUAGAGAAACUAUUUAUAUGAUAAAUAUUAUUUAUAUGAUGAUUUAUAUGACAGUGGGAGAAAAAUCUUAAUUAACGAUUCACUGCUAAGUCACUGGUUUAGGCCUGGCAGGAUUGCUAAGUAUCCUUUUAACUUUAUCUCUACCUGAUGGCAGUAAAUAUAGUACCACCUUUAGGGCUCUGUGCCCUUGACUUGUUUGUCUGUUUGUCUAAACAUUGAUAUGUGAAUCUUGGCUGAUGUUGUUGUUGGUAUGAUGACACAUUGUCAUUGUGUACACACAUUUCAGGACUGUGGGCUGCUUCAACAUCUUUCAAAGCUAGACAGAUGUCAUCUGUAGCCUUGAAAAUGUCUGGACAGCAAAUUGUCUACUUUUGGGUGUGAGCAGGAAGUGUAAACACAGACAUAUCCGUAAUAUCCCUAAACAUAUCCCUAAUCAAUGUCUCUAGGACCAUACUGUACCUUGUUUUCCCCUGUGCACUUUUAUUUUUAGGAAUUUGUGUAAUUGUAAUGUGGUGAGCUACAGUAUUUAGAAGUUGUAAAUGCUAUGAUAUUAUUUAAUCAUUUAUUUACUUUCUGCUUAUUAGUAAUGUUCCUUGUGAUUUUGACAAUAUUAACUGAUAGAGAUUUACCUUGUACUCAUGGUACUCUAAUUAAUACACAAAUAGAUUAAAACACUGUUCUAAUGACAUGAAAUGCUCAAGGCCAGCUGCAUUUUUCCAUCAUGAGUAAUAGUGUUGAAAGUACAAUAUGGAGGAGCAGUAGUACAGUAUCAUCAUGUUCUCAAAUGAUAUGGUGCACACGGCAUACUGUAUAUUAACCUUCCAGUCAGGGACUAUGAAUCUGCAACAUCGUCAGUAACAUUAGUGGGGGAAAGCUGCCAGGUGAUUCAGAGCUGUAACAGACGCCGUAUUUCAGCCAUAAUUUAGUUUUUUUAACUGGCACUUGUACAAUGCCUUCAGAAAGCAUUCACACCCCUUGACUUUUCCACAUUU